AUGGUCGAAGGAGGGCCGUGCUUCGCCGUGGUUCUGGCGAUUCCCAGCGAGUGCAUUUAUUUCCUCGCUGUCUGUAUUCGAGAAACGCCAAAAGCCAAGAACCUUACAUCCGCACAGGAUUUGGGGGGCUGUUUUGCUGCUUUGCUGCUUUGCUGCUCUGCUGCUGUGCUGCUGCUGCUGCUGCUGCUACUGAUGCAGCUGCAGCUCCAGCCGCCGCCGCCGCCGCCGCCGCCGCCGCCGGGGCUCCACCUCGCAGGCCAGGCAGGCACUAACUCAGGAGAGUGGAAAAAUCUUCCCUCCGUUUAUGCUGGCGGGGGAAGUGGGCGGGCGGGCAGGGGUUCGGAUCGGGCUUGCAGGGGGCUGGCGGGACGGGAGGAGGGGCUCUUCGGGGUGGGAAAGGGCCGGCGUAUACACAUUAUUCGGUUGAUUGCAUGCGAGGUCCCUGAGAGGCAGGUUGCUUCUAAAGUCUCCUCUACCCCCGACUACCCGACUUUUGGGAAGAGUGAUUUAAAGCUGGAGGUUCGGGAAUCUCGUCUCUUUCGCUCUCCACCCCCUUCCACCCAGUUUCGGGGAGAGCAUUUCACGCUUUGGAAUCGCUCUGGUGCUUCUCGCUCUGACAGCGAUUUGAUAGAAUCCGGAAUUUCUGCAGCGGUGGUUAAGUCACGUGAGGGCCGGAGCCCUGGGCUGCUGGGGAAGAAUGUCCUCUGCUCUCGGCUCGCCGGGGAAAUGAAGCGCAGCCCCGCCAGGAUCCUGGCUGGCUGUCCCGCGCCAGCGCCAGCGGAGGCGGGCGGAGAGCUGGAGAGGAGGGCCAGGGGACGGAAAGGGGAGGGCCUUGGCUCAUAGGAUCUGGAAUUGGAUUGGCUUGAGAAAGAAACAGUGACAAUGUCAGCAAAGGGGAGAGGGGGAGGUAAAAUCGGAAAUUUUGCAAAAGAAAAAAAAAAGGCUCUUCUUCCCAGCCCACCAGCGGAACAGAAUAAAAUCUUAACCUUGGCAAAGACCUUGGACUCGAAAUUCAACCUC